AUGUUUCUCGAGGUGGAGCAGGGCCACUCGAAGUUCCCACCGGUCCAUUUCACGGUCUCGGGCAAAGUCGCGUACACGGUGCUCGUUAACGCGAGAAUGGCCACGAGAAGGGCCGACGUCGUGAACAGUGGAAAGACAGAUUGUCCCUGGAUGUGCAUAGUAUUUCUCACGGAGGCGAAACUGAGAAGUCCGAGUGAUUUACGCCAUUGCUUGAACCAUUGUCAAAGAAACGGCAGGAUGAGGUGUUUAUUGUGCGUGGGCUUUUGUCUAACGAUCCUGACGACGGAGAUUCUACUGUUCAGUAAUGGUAAACCGUUGCUACCGAAGCCAUUGGUCCUCUCAGGGCUCAGUCUAGAUUGGCCGUGUCAAAGCACGAAGAACAUAUACGAGGCAAGCGGUCGAUACAUCUCGAGAAACGUGAUCGCCACCAGGGCACAGAUAUUCGACGGCCAAGCGAUAUUGGCCCUGCCGCGUUACAAGCCGGGGGUGCCAUUUACCUUGGGUGCCCUGUCGUUGAAGUCGCACAGCUGCGAGCCAAAGAUCACUCCGUUCCCUUGUUGGGCCAUCCAAGAGGAAGGGAACUGCCAGGCGUUGCAGAGCGCGGUGGACAUAGUCUUGGACAUUCAGGACAUCCUGUGGGUGCUCGAUGUGGGAAUCGUCAACACUCUGGAGCAACCUGUUCGCAGGUGUCCACCCAAGGUCGUCGGGAUCAACGCCAAGAGUGGAAAGGUUGUGAAAGUGAUCGACCUAAGUUCCUUGGUAGAUGUCGCUUCGCGCUUGCAAUAUAUGGCCGUCGACUACGCGGAGGAUGGCCAAGUUUACGUGUACAUCUCUGACGCUGGUACCGGCGCCAUUAUCGUUUACAAUGUCACGACCGACGAAGGAUACCGCGUGAUUCUACCAUCGGCCGUGGCGUCCGGCACGGACAAACCGGAUGCUCUGUAUCUGGCGCUCGUUAGAAGGAAAAGCUGCGGCUCCACGGUCCUCUAUUUCACUUAUUUAGGCUCCAAUAGAAUGUUCGCGAUCAAGGCAGUGAAUCUGAGAACAGGAAACGCAAAUGGAUCCAUAGUGGACAUUGGUAGAAAGAGGAAUAAGAUCGUAGUCUUGGGCACGGACAAUGGCUCCGCUAUUUUCUUCAGACUUAAAGGCGAUUCGAACAUCUACAUGUGGAACACUGACACACCUUUCGUUCAAGACAACUUCCUUUUGGUCGAGAAGGCUGGUGAGUGCCGACUACCAACCGCGGUUGUUCCUGGUUACAAAGAUCUAAUGUGGGUAGUCGAGAGCAACUUCCAAGAUUACAUCGAGAACUCUGUCAGCUGUUCUGGGCCAUCGAUGGCUAUCCAUCCAUUGCUGAAUUCUUGCAGCGAGUAAUAUUAAAAAUCGUGAACGAUGCGCUCGAUAAUGCACGGUUCUUACAUUAUGCGCAACUAAUUUCGUUAGCCUUUUGAGAUUUACAGAAUAUCACUGAGGUUCGAAAGGUUAAUCUAGUCAUCUAGUCUAAUCUAGCCCUCUCCGUACAAAAAUUGAUAUUUGGGCAAAGAAUUAAUCAACGAUGAAAUUUUUCCAAUAAUUAUUGCAUUUCGUUAAUCGCAGCUAUUACAUUUCAACGUUGUCAAUCAUAAACGAUAUAAAUAUAAAUAUCUUUCAAUUGUUAAUCGCGAUUAAGGAUUCAAUCCUUGUUUUAAUCAUUAAUUGUUAAUUAAAUGCCCUUCAAUUUUAACUGCCAGUUUGGUACCUUAUUAACGAUUAUCGACUGUCGAUAAUUUUUCUUCUGUAGUAGAAUUAACGAGAUUUCCUGUGUGUAGAACACCUUGGAAUAACGUGUAGAAAGAUGAUGAAAUCUUUGCAGGUCCGUGAAUAUUAAUUCCCGAUGCAAAUGUAAUCUUUUAUUUGUUUAUUUAGCAAGUUUUGA